CCGCUGCCAGCCCCACCUCCCGUAUCCGGCAUCCCCGUGCAGCCCCACGUCCCGCGCAGCUCCGCUCCUCUGGCAAGGCAAUGGUUAUUGGUCAGGAGUUUGACGCAGCGGAAUAGAGUAGGGUAGGGCGCCGUCGCGCCGACACCAACACACACAGGGCUACGGCGGGACUGCGCUUGCUGGCUGUGGUUGCUGCGUACUGUUUGCUUCCGGCUAGGACUGGGACAACUGGGCUUGGCGCGGUAGGGCAGAGGCGGAGCCGCGGGGAAGAGGGCACGCUGUCGACGAGGGCCACCUGCUAGGGUUUCGUGUUCUGCAACCUGACGGAAUCAAUGGCCGCAUCCGGCUUCGGCCGCGAAGCCGGGCCCUCUAUCCGCGGCCCGAGCUCCGCUCUCCCCGUCUUCGGCGUCGCCGCCGCCACCCCAACUGGCACCACCCCUUCUCCGGCUAUCCCGUCAUUCCCAUCUGCUGGCCCGGCCACCUCAUCGUUCCCCUCUGCUCGCCCGACCACCCCGUCCUUCCCCUCCGCUCGCCCGGCCACCCCGUCCUUUCCCUCCACUCGCCCGGCCACCCCGCCCCCCCCCUCCGCUCGCCCCGGCAACCCGUCCUUCCCUUCUGUGCGCCCUGCCGCCCCGCGCUUCCCGAGCCAUCAGCCCCAGCUCGCCGCGGCGGAUACAGCCUCUCGCUCAAUGCCUAUACCCGUACCCUCCGCACGUCCGACCGCUGGUGCUUCCCCGCGCUUCCCGAGCUCUCGUCCUGCACUCGACCCAGGUGUGACCGCUGCCACUGGUCGCCAUGUUGCUCGACAUCUUCAGCCACAGCCGAGCCAUACCAUCCGUAAGCAGGUCCUUCAAUCCUCUUAUUUCUUCAAGGAACAGGGCCCCAUCACCUGUAUCAAAUAUGCGCACAGAUUCUCCUGCAGAUUACGAUAAUGGCAUGGAACAAAGAAGGUUGGUGCACUUUGCAGACCCAUUGUUUGAAAAUGGAAGUUUGCAAUCUUCAGAGCAAUUGAGGAUGCGGCCUUCCGAGAACAUGAGGUCACAAACUUCAACCAAAUCACCAUCAAACAUAGCCAGCAAGUUUAGACAUCCAUCAGACUUCCAAGAUCAUCAUCAUGUGCAGAUUGUUGAUCCUCGUGCUAAUGUGUAUAAAUUCACGGGUUCAAUGCAGAAUCAAUCAUCAGAUCAUAACAUUUCAAAAAGGUCAAGGUCACCUACUUUGUCCUACGAGGAUGCUGAUGGCACGAAAGCUCAUGUUAAUACUGGUGGAAAUUCUAGAAGGCAAAUGUCUGCUAGGCAACAUAUCCCAGCCGCGAGGCGAUCAGAAUCAAUGGUCUGGGGGCUGCUGCCUGGACGCACAACCUAACAGCCCUGUGCCACGACUGAUUUACUAUGGGCUUUCAGCUAACGUGAGCAAUAUCCCCCCUGCUCUGUUUGCAGACUGGUUGACUAUUCGGAUACCAUCAAUGAUGAAAAUGUUGAAGCCUCAAAAAGGAUGCGAUCACCUGCAUCAGAGUUCACACGCAUGGUCAAGUCACCACCAUCAGAUACCAGAGGCAAUAUCAGGUCAUCAUCUGUAGAUUUUGGCAGCAACAACUCAGUCCAGAAUCUUCAUGCAUAUGCUGAUGUCCAGAAGUCUGAUGCAUCCUUUUCCAAGUUCAGAAAUCAAAUACAAUCACGCAUUGGUGGUGCAUGUUCACCAUCACAACAGAUGUCUCAUCUUUCAGACUCCAAUGAACUAAACACGUUAGCUAUUUCUCCACCAAAGCCUUCUACCCUUAGCGCUACCAGAAGAACAGGGAUCUCUUCUUUGGAUGCUACUGCUGAUGAUCAUUUGACCCCUUCAACUGAACUUGAGAGGGAGGAACAAGCAAAAGCCAAGCGUCUGGCUCGUUUCCAUGUUGAAUUAAGCAGGCCAGUAGAAAAUACUAAUGAUUUUGUGAAAACAGUUAAAAGCUCUGCAGAUAAGUCCAAACAAGCCACAUCAGUGGGAAGAACUCCUUUGAGAACAAAUGAUGACACCGAUGACAAUACUUUGGUUGACAUGGAUUCCACAGCUUUGGCUGCAAUUGUUGGGCUUUGCCCUGAUAUGUGCCCAGAACCUGAGAGGGCAGAGCGUGAGAGAAAAGGAGAUCUUGAUAGGUAUGAAAGAUUGGACGGAGACAGAAACCUAACUACUGAGCUUCUCGCUGUUAAAAAGUAUAAUAGGACUGCUGAGAGAGAUGCAGACUUGAUAAGGCCUCUGCCAAUUUUACAGAAGACAAUGGAGUAUCUUCUUAGUUUGCUGGAUCACACAUAUGAUGACAGUUUCUUGGGCUUAUACAACUUCUUGUGGGAUAGGAUGCGAGCAAUAAGAAUGGAUCUUAGAAUGCAACAUUUCUUCAAUCAAGAGGCUAUUUCUAUGCUUGAGCAAAUGAUAAGGCUCCACAUAAUUGCGAUGCAUGAAUUAUGUGAAUACAACAAAGGAGAAGGUUUUUCCGAGGGUUUUGAUGCACACCUCAACAUUGAGCAGAUGAAUAAAACAUCAGUUGAGCUAUUUCAAAUGUAUGAUGACCAUAGGAGAGAAGGUGUUCUCUUCUCAACAGAAAAGGAGUUUCGGGGUUAUUAUGCACUGCUCAAGUUAGACAAACAUCCUGGUUACAAGGUUGAACCUGCUGAGUUAUCUCUGGAUCUUGCUAAGAUGUCUCGUGAAAUUAGAGGCAGUCCAGAGAUCUUGUUUGCAAGAGAAGUUGCAAGAGCAUGCAGAAUGGGGAACUUUAUUUCCUUCUUCCGUCUUGCAAGGAAAGCUACAUAUUUGCAGGCCUGUUUGAUGCAUGCUCAUUUUGCAAAGCUAAGGAGGCAAGCACUCGCUUCCUUGCACAGUGGUCUUCAGAAUGGCCAAGGCAUCCCUAUUUCGCAGGUUGUGGUGUGGCUUGCUAUGGAGGGCGAGGAUGUUGAAAAUCUAUUAGAAUACCAUGGUUUUGGGUUGAGGCAGUAUGAAGAACUGUACUUAGUCAAAGAAGGACCUUUUCUUAACAGUGAAAGUGAUUUCCCAUCUGGCUGUUCACAGCUUGUGCAUUCUAAAAAAUCGCAGAGGGUCGUUGAUGAUGUUUCUUCUGGGCCAGAUUGUGCUCCAACUAGCAAAGAAAAGACUGUCUUUCCAUAUACUGGUCAACCAGUUGCUGGCAAAAGAGAUCUAUUUCUACCACAGAAUGCUCCUGCGAUUCCUCCUGAUGGCAGAAUGGAUUUGGAUCCAUCAUUUCCUGGGCCUAUUUCAAUCACUCCUGACAGACAGAUUAGCCCAUUGUUUUCAGAUCCUUUCUCUCCAAGAGCUGCCAGUAAACUAUUCAGUUCAACACAUCCAAAGCCUCUCUCCCCAACUGAAGGUAGAAAAGACAGGUUUUCAUCUGUCCUUACUGCUGUUUCUCCACGUACUGGCAAGAGGGACAUACUGUCAAAAACACCAAAAGUAGCUUCACCAAAAGCUGAAGCCAAGACAAAAUUGGUUAAUGACCUUAUAGCUGAAGACCAGGAUAGUGGUGUUGCUGAGAUCCCUCAGAAGGUAGAGAUGCAAACAGACAUACUGUGGUCACAAGCUAACACGCAAAACGCCAAUGCUCUGGCAGAACCAAUUAUUUCACAUCCUCUUGCAGAUAGCAUGUCUUUAAAUUACUCCAGUAUGUAUGGAGCGGAAGAUGACUUCAGGGCACAUGUUUCUGGCAUCGGUGCAGAUAUGGAUGAGGGAACUCCACCAGAUCAUGAAUGUCUGGUUAUUGGAGCUGGAUUGCCUAUUAGCUCCCCUUUGUCCUAUCAUGAGGAAUAUGAGGACCAUAGUAUUAGUAACAGCACAAAUGAUGAUUGGUUACCAAUUGUUAUGCCCGCAAAGAAACUAAUUUCUGAUGAAAACCUGAAAGCAAUAUUGAGGAAAUGGAGGCAGCAUGCUGCUGACAAGCGAUUACUUAGGGAGCAGAAGAAUGCUCUUGCUGUUGCAGCAUUGUGUUCUCUAUCACUCGGCCCACCAGUUCAUAAAAGUACAACGGUGUCUAAGCUAGCAGUCGAAGAACUAGAUAUUGGCCACGCCUUUAAAGAAAGACAAGCAAGAAAGCAAAGGUCCUGGUCACGGCUAAAUGUUUCGGAGUUGUCUGGUCCCAUUCUAAAUGAAAAUAACCCUGAUGCUAGAUGCCUCUGCUGGAAGUUGCUUGUACUUGUUCCACCGGGUAUGGAAUCCCAGACCAACAGUUUUGUCUCAAAAUGGUUACUUAGAAAGCUCAUGGGUUAUGGAAUCGGAGAUAUUGGAUUGGUUGUUUCUUCAGCAGGCCUAUCAAUUUGGACAGAGUGGAUCAGUUUUCCAAAUGCAUGUUGUUUGUCUGUUGUUAGGGCCAGCGAUCAACAAGUUAUUGAUAAUGAUAUUGCUAACAGUACAAGCUGUAUAGUAUUUGUAGUGUCUGAAAGCAUUUCAUGGGAAAUGCAGAAGGAACGGUUUAACAGUCUUUUAGCCUGCAUACCAGAUGAAUCCAAUCUUCCUCUUCUGAUUUUCAGUGGCGAUACAUAUAACGAAGGAUAUGAGUAUGCGUCAAAGUACAUCAUCAACAGGCUUGGCCUCAAUGGUCUUAACAGAGGAAAGAUCGGUUCGUCUUUGGUUAUUUUUCUUGUUGAAAACUACACAGAAGACCAUGCCAAUGGUUUCUUUGAUGAUGACAAACUGCGUGAGGGCCUGAAGUGGCUGGUAAGUAGUUUGCCAGUGCAGCCUGAUGUCACUCUUGUGAAGACCCAUGAAUUGCUUCUGGAAUACUUGAAUCCACAACUUGAGCUGCUUAACACCCAUGUUGCACCUGGAGCUGGUCCUGGCGAUUGCAUUUCAGUAUUCAACAAUGCUGUCAAUCAACUUGCAGAAGAGAUUUUGGCUGCAGCAAACGCAAACUGUAGCCAAUGGCCAGCUCCCGAGAUUGAUCUUCUGGAGAGAACAAGCAAUGAGAGGAUAUAUGCAGAAAUGUUCUUGCCUAGCAUUGGAUGGUCUUCGCCAUCAAGGAUCCAGCCACUGCUUGCAGCCAUUAAUAGCUGCAAGAUUCCAGAGUUCAGUUACGAUCUAUCUUGGCUAAACCAUGGUUCUCACAUGGGCAAGCAGAUCCAGGAUCAGAAGAAGUUACUUGAGGAGUGCUUGGCGAGAUACUUGACCGAAUCAGCCCGGCUCUUAGAUGAAAGCCAGGUGGUCACCGAAGUGAAUGUUAUGGUGCAGAAUUGUGUUGGCCUUGAACUCCAGGAUUCGUCUUACUAUCUCGCUCCCAGAUGGGUGGCGAUCUUCCGUCGUAUUUACAACUGGAGGCUAGCAAAGCUCUCUACCGGAAAGUUGUCAGAAGCUUAUGUUCUGACUCAGCACCUGUAUCAGGCUCCUGCAGCAGCUGGCUCAAAUGGUACCACACAAGGGCUUACUGCUAACACCGCCAGCAGUGAUGCUGUGGAUCACAUCAUGAUGCCUGCUGUUUCAACCGGCAUCACACUAGACGAAAUCAUCGAGAUCAGUUGUGACCUCAAUGUUGUUGAUGCGCAGCCCGUAACUCUGCCACCACGACUGCCUGUGCAUGUUCAUGAAGAACCUCAGGCACUUGCUGAUACCAACGGCGUGCUUGGAGUUGAUGAAAUGUACAUACCAAGAAGAGUAGAGUUGGGGGAGGUGAUGCCCAUCUCGGACGACAAGCUUUCCCGGCUAAGAGUAGAGUUGGGGGAGGCGAUGCCCAUCAAGACGGACGACAAGCUUUCACGGCUACUGGAGCAGUGCACCAAGCUGCAGGACAGGAUCGAUGAGACACUUUCCAUAUACUUUUGAGCCCCGUAGUAAGGCUGGAAGGGUUUUGUUACACCAUCCUUCCACAUUUGUUGUAACUUGUAAAACUAGAUUUUGUGGAAGUGAAAACUAACACUGCCAAGUUAAAGCGUUCUUGUUUGGCAGGAAUGAAAUAUAGAAGCGUCAUUUUUCUUCUCGAA